AUGGCAACUCCCCCGCUACCUCCCGCCAGCCAAAAGGGCGGCUCUAGCUCCGCCGCAGCGCAGUGGUCCCACGUGGGCCACCACCGUACAAGCAUUUCCCCUGAAGCUACCUUCGAUGAACAGAAUUCGCAGAUCAAACAGGAGCUGCUGGCGCUCAUUACGCAGUACCUGCAGCAGGAAGGAUUCACAAUGUCAAGCGCUACGAUCCAAGACGAAGCCAAUGUCAAGCGUCACAUCAGGCUGCAAGAACGAGAUGCACUGCGACGCUUGGGUGCCGCUAUUAUGGAAGGGGAUUGGGAUCUUGUGGCCAAACUGCUGGGCAAGCACCUGAAGAAAUUUCAUGCGGCUCAUCAGGGUUUCCUUUACGCUGUCUGCAAGCAGGAAUAUCUCGAACUUAUUGAUCGGCAGGAGUACCAAAAGGCGUUUACCUUUCUCAACACACACCUUAAGCCGCUUGAGAAGGUGGCGGUCGCGACGAGUUCCAGUCGCCACGAAUUUAAGGAACUCUGUUACUUGCUCACGUGCAAAGCUGUAGGUGAGUCCAAUGCUUUUCGGGACUGGGAAGGUGUCGUGGGAUCAAGAGAGAAGUUGGUAGAACAGCUCAAAGCCACUUUCGCCCUAGAAGAGGUUAUUUCACCUCAACAGGAUAGAGAUGUGGCCUUGAUUACGCCACCCGUUGUGAUGCCGGACAACCGUCUGGUGCAGCUACUACACCAAAGUGUAGCGUAUCAGAUGGAGUUCAGUCGAUACCAUCCAAAAACCAUUCCAAAGGUAUCUACGCUAUUGCGGGAUUUCGAGUGUGAAGUGCUUCCAAAUGCAGUGAAAACCACCUACGUCGGUCACUCGCAAAAUGUUAAAUUUGUCACAUUUGUGGGAACUGAUGGUGAGUUGCUGGCUUCGGGCUCCAGUGAUGCCUCAAUUAAGCUUUGGACCACGGAACUGUCGAGUGCGCAGCUGGAAGGCGGCGAGGAAGAAGCAGAUGAGACCAUGGGCACGAUCUGUAGACAUUGGACUCGAAACCUGCUCGGCCAUUCGUCCAGAAUCUGGUAUCUUGCCACUUGUACAUCAGGAGAACGUCUCUAUUCUGGAUCGGGCGAUGGUACUGUCAAGGUUUGGGACUUGCGUGCGGCGCUCGCCGAGCGCGCUGCUGCUCAAAGUAGCUUAAGCGAUCAUUCUAAUGACAAGCGUGGAUCUAAUGUUAUGCAACCUGCACCCGAAGCUUUUGCCGCUGCGUCAUCAGGUGGCUCAUCUGCUGUUGCAGCUAACCCCUCGCUACCCCACAAUUACUCAGUGACAUCAGCCGAAUGUCUGACAACGCUCGCGAGUCCAAAUGGUGGUGACGUGUACACCGUGAACUUGCACCCCAGUGAGACGCACUUGGUGACUGGAGGAUACGAUCAAAGUGUGCGAUUGUGGGACAUUGCCACCGGUGUUGUGGUAAAAACGUUUCGCGGGCACUUUGCGUCAGUGUGCGAUGUGCAAUUUAACAGACAUGCCAAUUUUGUCGUAAGCGCGUCUAAAGAUGGCACGAUCCGAUUGUGGGAUAUCCUUAGUGGGCUCUGUGUCCACACUUUGCGUCAAACUCUGGGUGAGGUAACAUCUAUCUCAAUGGCCUCGAAUGGAUAUACACUACUAAGUGGCUCACGAAACAACAGCAAUCGAUUGUGGGACCUACGUAUGCUGCACACUCCACGUGCCCAUCUGACAACAGGGAUUAGUAGUGGGGCAUCCGGCGUUGUGUCAAGUGGAUCACAUACGGGCUGCUCACUAGGGGGUAACGGGGUCAAUGGCUAUGGAUUUAGCCACUCACUAGGCAACGGUACUGGAAUCCUGGGGGUUGCUGCAUACGGCAGCAGUGGCAACCUGAGUGCAAGUGGAAGUAUCAGCAGUGGAAGUAGUGUUUUUUCGGGAAGCCGCCACGUAGAGCAACGUCCGCUUCAGCGCUUCAAGGGCCACCAAAAUACUGCAAAAAACAUCGUACGUGCAUCGUUCGGUCCACGUGAAAGCUUUGUGUUAGGUGGAUCCGAGGACGGCUACGUAUACAUCUGGGAGGUGGCUACGGGCAAGUUGCUUGAGCGGCUCACUGGUCACGGUGGCGUGACCUACAAUGCCCAUUGGCACGAGAAGCAGGCACUGCUUGCUUCAAGCUCGCAUGACGGCACAAUAAAGACAUGGUGGUGGAAAGACAAAAGUAGCCAGGCGUAA